UGACGAUGGCGAGAAGACGAAGAAGACGCCGGAAGCGCACCGGCGAUGCUGCCCCAGGAUCUCGUGCAUGUCGUCGCCCGCUACGUCGAGGCGCCAGACGACGUUCUGAGCUUCCUCGACGCACUGCCGGCCGGCAGCCGCGGUCCGUCGCUCGGCAGCCUCGUGGCGCUGGCCACCGAGAGGCCGGCGUCGGCGCUCUGGCCGCGGCUGGUGCUGUCGUCUGUAGCGUCAAACCGUCAGCGCAAGUGGCUCUGCAAUGCCAUGCGCAACCACCCGUGCGUCGAGCUCGACGCCGAUGCCCUCGGGCUCUGGGUGCCGCACAUCCUUCCGUCGACGCGUCUGCGCAUGAGCAUCGAGAAGAGUCACGUGGAUGCUCUCCCGGAUUCCAUCUUGUCGGCGCUUUGCGAGCUCGAGAUCAUGUUGGACACGCCAACUUCCAUCUCGGUCUUUGCUUGCUUUCUCCAAACGUUGCCACGCCUCCGUGUCCUGCGACUCGAGUGCCUCUGGACCAGCCUCGAUUCGCCGCCGCGCCUCGAGCCGCUUAUCGCAGGCCCGCGCCAGGUGUGGCUCGAGUCGGUGGGCUUUUCGUUUCAGCGUGGACACGUGCUCUCGAUCGCGACGGUGACUGCCAUCGCACAGUUCCUAUCAGCGCAGAGCGUGCGUGACGUGAGCUUCCGUAGUGUCGACGUCACGCCCGAGGCCGGCGACACCUUGAGCGCUGUGCUGGAGUCGUCGCAGUCUCUGCAGCGUCUCGUGUUGCAAGAGAGCCAUACGCUUGUGGCAGCGCUGACACGCACGACGCGGCAUCUGCCACAUCUAAAGCACUUGGUCCUCAACGACGUGUCGUGGCGUCAUUUGGAGACGCUCUGGUCGAGAUUGCCUGCAUGUAUGAAGGGGCUAUCGACGCUCCACCUCUGGCUGGACCACGGCCGCUUGAACGACGACGAGUUUAAACGGUUUGUAUCCGUGCUUGGCCAACUCCAGCUCGAGACUCUCCAGCUGCACGCGAAGAACCUAUUGCUCAACUACCCGGGGCGCGUAGCUCUCUUGCUCGCAGCGCUGGCGCCGCAAAGAGACUUGGUUGCGCUCACUUUGCACUUUACGAUGUUGAGCAACGACGACAUUUGGACACUGGCCGCGACGUUGCCAUGUGCAGUGGCGACGCUGGAUCUGCGAUACAACGCGUACAACGACGCCAGCGUCGACGCACUACUGGUCCUACUGCAGCGGCCUGCACUGCGCCACGUGGCGCUUGCCGAGACGCUCUCGCACGCUGCCCAAGACCGCUUGCGUGCGACGUGCCCGAGGCCCCUGCGCCUGACCUUUGACGCCAAGUAGACAGGGAUGCGUUUCAAGGGAUAUCCGUGCAUAAUUCAUGUCCCUGGG